GCCAUGUUGGUGCGGCGGCGGCGGGAACGGGAGCGGCGGGAUUGCGGGAUCGCGGGGCGCUCGGAGCAUGCGGGGCGCACGGAGCGGGCAGGGCGCGGAGCGGCGGCCCGCGGGCGCGGCCCCCGCGCAGUGGGUGCUCAUUGCCCCAGAGGCUGCUAUUGACCCCCCUAAGACACCUGACAGCGAACCCUUGUUUACAAAACUGCGCAACCCAUGCACAGGGGAAGCAACCCUUUACUUAUUCAAUAGUGGUGCACAGCAGCUGUUUGAAGUAAAAGCUUUUCACGAGGAAUGCCGUUCCUGGUUUAUAGGUCAGACUGUUCAACAGGAUGGGCGCCUGCUAUUUGUUACACCAAUGGACCCCUUAUUUCUGAUACUUUACUACCUCAUAAAGGCAGACAAAGAGCAGCAAGGAAAGUUCCAGCCACUUGAUCAAGUUGUGCUAGACUCAGAAUACCCAAGCUGCCCAUUGCUGCUGAAGUGUGCAGAUGUUAAACAGUACAUACAGCACGUAACAGAAGAAAAAGAGAUUGGCAGUCAGAAAUUCCACAAAUACAGCCAAGAGAAGACACUGAAGUGGUUAAAGAAAAAGGUUAAUCAAACAGUGAAAGCGCUUAAAAGCAACAAUAUAUCAGUAGGUGAAAGGGUGCUUGCAAGUACAUGUAUCAACAGUAAACAGAUCACAGAUGCUCAGGAAGACUAUGUACGGUAUGCCCAUGGGUUAAUAUCAGAGUAUAUUCCUGAAGACCUGAGUAAGGAGUUGUUAAAAUACUUGGGGCUCCCAGAACUUAGAAGCCCAGAACCAGAGCCACCAGUGAAGAAAAGGAAAUUGUCAGAUGUCCCUGUGGAACCACAAGAAGACUAUACUAAAUUUAACAGCGACAAUCUGAAAACCAAGAAGGCAAACACCAAGAUGUCUGCAGCACAGAAGGCUCUGGCCAAAGUUGAUAAGAGUGGAAUGAAAUCCAUUUCUGCUUUCUUCAGCUCCAAAUCUAAAACAUCAAAAUGAAGACUUGUUCUUGAAAGAAUUUUAUACAGUGGUUAUUUUUAUGUUAAGCUAAAGAUGUCUCCUGGAGUUUUUUGUUAGUAUAGUGUAUGCAGGGCGUGUCUGGGUACAUGGUGGAGUGUGAUGGAGAGGUCUGAGAGCUGGCAGGGCACAGAGCUGUUAGGCUUAGUGAGGCAAGGCAGUACCAUGAUAUUUGAUUUUCCAGCCUGGAUUGGGAAGAUGGCUCAGCUGCAUUAAUAUGGUGCUAUGAGCUAGAAGCAAGACUUAGCAGGGUACUAUAUUGUGCCGCUGCUCCUAGAGCAAUCCCAGUCAAGCCCACCUUGGAGUUUUCUCCAUUACACUUCAUUCUAGGCUGAAAAUUUGCCCACGUUUGAUGAUUAUUUUUUUUUUAAUUCAUAAGGAGCAUUAUAUUUUUACAACUUUCUGAAGUUUUUUACCCAGUGUUAGGUCAGAAUAGGAUGGCAUCAUUGCAUUUUUAUUUUGAUCCAAAUAUAAGCGCUGAUAUAAGCAUUGUCAGUGGUGGUAUUUUAUUGAGGCAAGGAUACUCUCUGUAUUGGGAUUUGGGUUGUUUUCAAUAUGCUGGAAACAAAUGGCAAUGAAUGUCAGUGUACAUGUAAUGCAAUAAAGUGCUUUGUGUAAGAAA